AUGGCUUUCCUUCCUGGAAACUCCUCUGAGUGCUCCAACUGCACCCACUCUGUGGAGCCCGUGAACAUUUCCAAGGCCAUCUUACUGGGUGUUAUUCUAGGGGGGCUGAUUGUUUUUGGGGUUUUGGGUAAUAUCCUGGUUAUCCUGUCCGUAGCCUGCCACAGACACCUCCAGAGUGUCACUCACUAUUACAUCAUCAACCUGGCUGUAGCUGACCUCCUCCUGACUUCUACCGUCCUGCCCUUCUCAGCCACCAUGGAGAUUUUGGGCUACUGGGUCUUUGGGAGGAUCUUCUGCAACAUCUGGGCAGCUGUCGAUGUGCUUUGCUGUACUGCUUCCAUCAUGAGCCUCUGCAUCAUCUCCAUUGAUCGAUACAUCGGGGUGAGCUACCCACUGAGGUACCCCAGCAUAGUGACAGAGAGGAGGGGCCUCCUGGCCCUGCUGUGUGUCUGGGUACUGUCCCUGGUCAUCUCCAUUGGGCCCCUUUUCGGCUGGAAGGAGCCAGCCCCGGAGGAUGAGACAAUCUGCCAGAUCACCGAGGAGCCUGGCUACGUCUUGUUCUCAGCACUGGGCUCCUUCUACCUGCCCCUGAUCAUCAUCCUGGUGAUGUACUGCCGGGUCUACGUGGUGGCCAAAAGGGAAAACAAAGGGCUGACCUCUGGGCUGAAGACAGAGAAAUCCCAUUCCGAGGAGGUGACCCUCCGCAUCCACCGCAAAAACAUCCCUGGUGCAAGCAGCUCUGCAGCCAACCCCAAGAGCAAGCACCACUUCUCUGUGCGCCUGCUCAAGUUCUCCAGGGAAAAGAAAGCUGCCAAGACCCUGGGAAUAGUUGUGGGAUGCUUCGUUCUCUGCUGGCUCCCAUUUUUUGUAGUAAUGCCUCUUGGCUCUUUCUUUCCUGCAAUCAAACCCCCGGACACUCUUUUUAAAAUAACAUUUUGGCUGGGAUAUUUAAACAGCUGCAUCAACCCCAUCAUCUAUCCAUGCUCAAGUCAAGAGUUCAAGAAAGCAUUCCAUAACGUCCUGAGAGCUCAGUGCCUCCUGCGGAAGCAGCCAGCAGUGAAGCAAACACCCAGCUUCAACCUCAACCAUCCUGCAGGCCAGAGCAUGGAGGGUGGCAAAGGGGUGGUCCGGAUCCCUGUGGGAUCAGGAGAAACCUUCUACAAGAUCUCCAAGUCAGACGGGGUUUGCGAGUGGAAGAUCUUCUCCGCCGUGCAGGGUGUGCCCACCAAAAAUGCUGUUUCCAAAGACUGCACAGCUGCCAAAGCCAAGAGCAAAGGGUUCCUGCAGGAAUGCUGCUGUGCAGGCACUUCAGGGAGUCUUGUCCACGAGAACUGCAAAGUGCCAACCAUCAAAAUCCACUCAAUCUCCCUGAGUGAGAGUGGGGAGGAUGUAUAA